CACUCCUUCAUCCUCUCUCUCCCCCCUCUCUUGAAUCCGACAAACUUUGUACCUCAACUCUGUUCAGGGGUAGUGGCAAUUUUGAAACAUCAAACCCAAGCAAUCUCCUCCCCGCGAUUCAACUGAUCCAGUCAAUCGUCAAUCCACAAUGUUCGCUGCUCGCCGUUUGACCGCUGGCGUUCCUCGCGUCCUGUCCCAGAGGGCGUUGUUCCACAACACCGCCCCGGCGUUUGUUCAGAAGGGCGAUGCCAUCCCCGACCUUGAUGUCCUGGUCGAGAACUCCCCGGGCAACAAAGUCAACCUCGCCAAGGAGCUGAAGGGCAAGGGAGUUAUCAUUGGUGUUCCCGCCGCUUUCAGCCCCGCUUGCUCCAGCACCCACGUGCCCGGUUACAUCAACCACCCCAAGCUGAAGGAGGCCGGCCAGGUGUUUGUUGUUGCCGUCAAUGAUCCUUUUGUGACCAAGGCUUGGGGCGAGUCUCUUGAUGCCUCUGGCAAGAGCGGCGUCCGGUUCCUCGGUGACCCUACUGGCAAGUUCUCCGACGCGCUUGAUGUCACCUUCGACAGCGCUUCCAUCUUCGGAAACAACCGCAGCAAGCGCUACGCGUUGGUUGUCGAGAACGGCAAGGUCAAGGAGGCCUUCGUGGAGCCCGACAACAUCGGUGUCAACGUCUCCGCGGCUGAGAAGGUGCUGGGCUAAGCGAGCCGAACGGCGUGACGCGGGUAAUCUAUUCUGUAACUAUAGAAAUCUGUUAUACAUGCGAAUAACCGU